UUUCAUUUAUCCCGUUUCCUUGUAUUCAUUAGUAAUAAAAUUUUUGUUUAAUUGUACGUUUUCACAAGUUAAUGUAUAUAUUUGGAGAAUUGUCUUGUAUUUUAAUAUUGUUCAACAAUUUGUCAUUGCCGUUAAGAACCUAACAGCUCGUAAUUCUGUUCCCUUUAUAAUAUAUCGUGGAACAAAAUGAGUGCUUUCGAGGUUGUGGUGACUCCUACGAGAUCAAAAUGCAAGAAACGCAUUGAAUCGCGUGAGCCCACAGAUGUGGUAAUGGCUCCAUUCUCUGCGAAAUCAAUCGUUCAAUUUGAAGACGUUCCAGUAGGGAAAACAGCGCGUCGUAUAUUGCGUAUAGUUAACACUUCAUCAGAGGAUAUAGAGGUACGUGUCAUUAGACAAAUCAGUGCGGAAUAUAAUGUUACUAUAAAUUGGACGGAGAAUAUUGUGCCGCGUUCAAAAACUAUCGAGAUGGAGAUGGUUUGGAGCCCUUUGGAAGAGGUUUCCAGCAAGGAGACAUUACAACUAUUAGAUAAUAGAAAUUUUCGUAAAGAUGUUAUGGUCAUACUGAAAACACGCAUUACCAAUCCAGUCAAGACUGUACGCAAAUUCCCCACACUUUCAACCGGCAAUAAUGGUUAUGUAAGGACACUUCGACUCAAAUCACCCACAGGUCCUGGAAAAACGCACAAAUCGAAUACAGCUCAAACGCAACCGCGCAGGCCAGUACCAACAACUGUUCAAAAGGCAGCAACAAAAACUGUACAAAAAUCAAAUAAAUCGGCAGCAACGCCAUUCACGGCACGAGUGCGUGCUCCACCUCCACGAUCAGUAUGGGCAGACUCAAAUUGUCAUUUACGUGAGGAGCAGAAGCGCGAAGUUUUCGAUGAAAUAACAAUUAACUUUACACACACUUCUCCACUCUCUGAGCGAAAUAUAUACACACACAGCAAAGCAAUGAAUGCAACGAUAACUUCAGCUUCAACUACCAAGUCACCCAUACUGAUUACGCACAAAGAGAAUGUGAGUCCUUUGACACCAAAUAAUGUCAUGGAAAUGAUUGAUAACAUACAAUUUACGCCUAUAAAUGCCGACGCGGCGAAAAACGCUGCUGGUGCGCAACGAGAUUUAGAGAAUCUAGCUAAUUGGCCAACACCCGUCAGUGUGGAUACUGUGAAAGUAAAUUUAUCAACACUGCGUCCGCGACGGUUAACGUCGGCAAAUGAAACCACAGAUGUGGUUGAGGAUAAAAAUACCACUCAAAUGACAGUUGAGUUUCAUGUGGAUCAAAAAACACCUGGCAACACAAUUGUAACAAAUAAAACAUUCGAAGUCAAACGUGAUAAUAUAAAUAUUUCUACGGAUUCACUGGAUGGCUCGAUCACUUACGGUUUGACACUUAACAAAACCACUACACUGAGCACAACACCCAAAUCGCGUCCUUUGGCAAGUAUUGUGGAAGAAGAAGUGAGCUUUUGUGGUAGUGAAACAACUUAUAUUAAAAAGAAAGAAGAGAAGUUGGCAGAAGAAAGCCCAACGCGCGAAAAAGACUUGUUGCGUGAUGUAAAAUUAGUCGGUACACCGUUACGAAAGUAUUCAGAAUCAAUGAAAGACCUUUCAUGGCGUUCUCCUAAUAAGCGUUAUUCGGCGAGUCAAGGCUCAAUGCCGAAUCUGAAUGAAAUGGAGAGCAUACGAUCUAUUGAACAGAAUCGCUACUUCUUCAAUGAUCGUGCGUCAACACGAGACGGUCUAAAAAUGUCCGUUAUCCAAGAGCAUAGUUCCAAUACAGCAUCGCUAGGGAAUAAGAGUAACGUAACUGUAAACGACUGUGAGGAAGUUGAUAUGGGUCUUAUCUCGCAAGUUGAUCUCGCAUUUAAUCAAAGUGAAAUUUUAGCUCAAUCAAGCCGUUUCAAUUUGAACGAAGUUGGCGUUAAAUCGCGCAGAACCAGUCCAGUUGCAGUCUCAGGCAAAUGGCGGGACUUACGUGGUGUAUCACCGAAAUCUUCGCGAAUUAAACUAAGCGAAUACUCGCCCACUAAAUCAGGCAGCAAUAAACGCAAUUCUCAGGAUCUAUCAUUUUCCGAUGCGCCAAGCAGUGAAUCCCUAGCGACCACUACCAGCGAUAAGUCUUCAACGAAAUCCACCACUGCGGCACAACCGAAAAUCUCCUCAAAUGUAAAUAAGAAUAUGAGUCUGAUACUAGUUUCCCCACCGAAACGUCAACGUGUAGAUAAAGAAUUCACAUUUGAGCGUCCGUCACUACCCGGGUUAUCACGCACCAAAAAUUGGACACGCACACAAGUAAAAAAAGUGCGGCUUUUAAAAUCACCCUGCCAACAAAAGGUAACUACUCCAAAUAUUCAACCUGUAAAUAUUUCGUAUCAAUCCGAAAAACUAUAUGAUCCGGAGUUGUAUUUAAAUUUCUGCAUUAACCCUGACCCAUUUGCGGCCAGCACUACGUGUGACCCAUUUCUUGCGUCGACUAUGUAUUUAGAUGAAACGGCUGUACAGAAGCAUCAGCAUGAUUUUAAAAAAUGGUUAAAUGCGCUGGUCACCAUACCAGCGGACAUGGACUCGAACAGCGAUGAAAAAAUUGAUGUUGGAAAACUCUUCAAUGAAGUGCGCCAUAAGGAGUUAGCCUUAGCGCCAACAAAAGAAGAGCAAUCAAUGGAUUAUCUUGUGCAACAUAGACUGGAGGUCGUCCGACGUGCAGCUGUUUACCUGUAUUUAAGCGCUGAAGUACGCGAACCCUGCUCGAAAGUUGCCGUCUACGUAAAUAAGAAUGCAAUACGUAUACGCGACGAUAGAAAUUUGCAUCUUGAUGUUGUGAUGCAACGGUAUAUAUUGGAGUUGUUGCUUUGUUUUAAUCCAAUGUGGUUACGCAUUGGCUUAGAGGUAGUAUACGGAGAAAAAAUACAUAUGCGAUCCAACACCGAUAUAAUUGGCCUCAGUACAUUCAUAUUGAAUCGACUUUUCCGAGACAAAAUUUUGGAAGAGAAAUAUUCACGUGCCUAUUCGCUUUCCGAAGAAUACGCUGAGUAUAUUAAGAAGUACACGCUAACCAAAAUGCUUUGCUUGUUACUUUUUCUCGAUAAAGCCAAGCAAAAGCGCAUUAUCAAGUACAAUCCGUGCCUCUUUGUCAAAAAUUCGCCCCACAAGGAAACGAAAGACAUUCUACUCAAGUUCUCUUCCGAAUUACUGGCCAAUAUGGGCGAUAUCACGCGUGAUUUGAAACGCCUCGGUUAUGUUUUGGAGCACAAACAAUUUUUUCUGGACGAAUUCAAUUAUGCAUUUCAAAACCUUGCGGUAGAUCUGCGUGACGGCAUACGAUUAACGCGUGUCAUGGAAAUCAUAUUGCUACGCGAAGAUCUCAGCAAACAGUUGCGCGUGCCUGCGAUUUCUCGCUUGCAGCGUAUCUACAAUGUCAAUUUGGGACUGCGUGCCCUAAGUGAAGCUGAUUUUAAAUUGAGUGGUGAUAUUACCGCUGCCGAUAUUGUGGACGGACAUCGCGAGAAGACGUUAUCGCUACUCUGGCAGAUUAUCUAUAAAUUUCGCUCGCCAAAGUUCCAUGCAGCGGCACGUGUGCUUCAAAAAUGGUGGCGUAGUAAAUGGUUGGGGGUGUGGAUACGACGGCUUAUACGUGAUAAGGAAGAACGCCGUCGACAUCAUGCGGCAACCAUUAUACAAUCGUAUUACCAUGGCUACAUAGCGCGACGCUGGGUGCAGUUGUAUCGAAAGGAGCGCACCGACGCAGCGGUGAUAUUACAGAAACAUACCAGGCGCUAUUUAGCGCAGAAACAUUUUAGAAUCUCCAUAGUCGCAGUGUGCAAGAUACAGCAUUGGUAUCGCGCUUGCGCACUCGCUGUCAGCUGUCGUCGACACUUCACAAUACUACGCUGUUGCACAAUAUUUCUGCAACGAUGCUAUCGUCGGCGUUUGCUGUCGAAAAAAUUGUUGGUAGUCGCCGACGAAUAUCGUCGCUAUUGUGAAGAGAAACGUGCUGAGGCAGCUACUUGCAUUCAGAAAUGCUGGCGCGCAUACUGCACUACGAAGCAACAGCGCCAAGCGUUCCUAGACUUAAAACUCAGCGCAAUCGUGUUGCAGCGUAAAUGGCGUGCAGUGAUCGCCAUGCGAGAUCAACGUAAGAAGUAUCUACAAUUGCUCGCCGCCACUAUACGUUUGCAGCAACGUGUGCGCGCCAAUCGAUCUAUGAUACGACAGCGUGCAGAUUACCAACGGCUUCGCGCUUGUGUGAUAAAGUUACAACAGCGUCGCCGCGCCACCUUGCAAAUGCGGGCAGUGUGUAACGGUUACAUACAGAAACGUAAGGCAGCUACCAUAAUACAGUGUCACUGGCGCGCGGUAUUAGCGAUGCGUCGUGAGCGCGUCUCUUAUUUACAACUGCAGCAAACUAUUUGUAUGAUACAGCAAAAAUAUCGCGCUAAACUAAUUAUGCGCGUGGCGCAAUCCAAAUAUGCGCAUUUGCGCGAGAGCUGUAUUAUCAUACAGCGCAAAUGGCGCGCUACUUUGCUGGCGCGUCGCAUACGAGUAGAGUUCUUUACGAUACAAUACUUUGCAACAGUGGUGCAACAAAGUUUUCGCGCCACACGUCUUAUGAGGCAACAACGCAUGGAGUAUAAGCGUCUAAAAUCUGCCGCGAUCACAUUGCAACGUAGAUAUCGCGCGCUGCGGUGUAUGCGUGAAGUUCGUAUGGGUUAUCAAAGCGAACGAAACAAAAUCAUACAAAUUCAGCAACGAUACCGUGCCAUGCGAGAGAUGCGUAUUCAACGCAAAUCAUACGAGAAAAAACGUGCCGCUAUUAUACGCAUUCAGAAAUGGUAUCGCUCCACACAAGUGACGCUCCAACAGAAGACGUCCUACACGCGUUUACGAAACAACUGCAUAUGUGUGCAGCGCAGAUGGCGCGCGUUGCUACAAGGUCGUCGUGUCCGACAAGAAUAUCAGGAACAGUUACAACGCAUCAUAUGCAUACAACGCCGUUGGCGCGCCACUCUUCUUAUGCGCACUGCACGCGCAACUUUCCAGCGUAAACGCGCCGCUGCCCUUAGUAUACAACGCUUUUAUCGUUCACAACGCAAAGCUUUGGCAAUACGCGAGCAAUACUUACUCAUUCGGACGCUGGUCAUCUGUGUGCAACGAAAAUAUCGCGCGCAACUUAGUAUGCGAAAGGCUAGAUAUGAUUUCUUACUGCUUCGACGUACAGCAAUCCAUUUGCAACAAACGUUUCGUGGUCUUUGUGUAAUGCGUCAGCAGCGGACUGAAUACCUACUCAUCCGAAAUACCGCCAUACAUUUGCAACAGAAAUUCCGCGGCAAACGCCUAAUGCAAGAACAACGCGCUCGAUACCUUCAACUCUGCCAGACUGCACUUACCCUGCAAACCUACGCACGUGGCUUACUCGCUCGCCGCCGUUUACAGGCAUUAAUGACGCCUGAAAUUAUCGAAGAACGACGUCGUAGGAAAGCCGCGAGAGUUAUACAACGUUUCUGGCGUGGCUAUCGUGUACGCAAAUCCUUCCAGAGCAUGCAAAUGCGUCUGAUUCGUCGUAAUAUGGCGCUUUGGCGUCAAACCACACAGGCAGCUAACACCCUCAGUUCAAAAAUUUCACAUGCGGUUUGUGUGUUGCGCGAUCAUUCGAGCGCUUCGGAGAUACUACACGUUCUUAUAUGUUUAGACCGCAUAUCCCGAACUGUGCCACACAUUCUAAUGAAUCAGUCAGAUUUUGUGUCGACAUUCUGCUACGGUGUUAUGGCACAAACAAUACGAAGCGAAGUGGACAAACAGUUGAUUCGUUAUUGCAGUCGCAUUAUUUUGAAUUUGGCGCGUUAUAACAGCACCACAGCGAAUACUUUCCAGGAGAGCGGUCUGGUGACUAUAGCCCAAAUGCUGUUGCGUUGGUGUGACAAAGAUGGUGAAAUCUUCAAUACAUUGUGCACACUCAUUUGGCUCUUUGCGCACUGUCCUUACAAGCGUCAAAUUAUACGCGAAUACAUGACAACUGCCGAAGCUAUAUAUGUGGUACGUGAGACAAAAAAACUUGUAGCCCGCAAAGAGAGAAUGAAUCAAAAUCUACGUAACCCUGUUGCAUUGGCACGUGCCAAUAAACGACAACAGCAAUUUCCUAAUCACGCAUUGCCUAGCCUCGAACCUGACUAUGGCGUUAUACAUAAUAAACCGUAUACGUUUGUAUCGUCGGUAUAUGCAUUUGAUAUGUUAUUAAGGGAGCUCGAAAUUGAAGUCUCUUAAUAUUACUUUAGUUAUUCGUUUACUGUUUGUUAGCGCUUUGUUUAUGCUUGUUGUAUGUUUGUGGGUCAUUUUAAGCCCUCCUACAAUUGUUCGAGUAUUUUUUUUUUUAUUGUAUUUUGUGUUUCGUGUUUCAUUUUUAUAUGCUCACCACUUUGCCAUACUAUUUAUAGCUUCAUUUGACUACAUUCUAUCUACUACACUACCAGUGCAGUCGACAUACAUACAUACAUGCAUACAUAUAUAAUUAUAUUAUUAAAUAUACAUUGUAAACGUUAAUUUAGUGUUAUGUAAUUGGAUUAAAUAAAUACAACAUCAGUUAUAAUUUA